AUGUCCGACCAGACUAAUGCCGCCUGGCCCCUCGCCGACGAAGCCCUAACCCAAUCCCUCCUCGACCUCGUCCAGCAGGCCUCCCACUACCGCCAGCUGAAGAAGGGUGCUAACGAAGCCACCAAGACGCUUAACCGUGGAACCUCGGAAAUCGUCAUUCUCGCAGCCGAUACUUCCCCGCUGGCUAUCCUUCUCCAUCUCCCUCUGCUCGCGGAGGACAAGAACGUGCCGUACGUCUACGUCCCCAGCAAGAUGGCUUUGGGGAGAGCGUGCGGUGUUAGCCGUCCUGUUAUCGCUUGUAGUAUCACUACCAAUGAGGCCAGUGACUUGACGGCCCAGAUUAGGGCUGUUAAGAAUAAUGUUGAGAGGUUGAUGAUCUAA